GGGAGCUUACACACCGUUUAACGCCCAACACCGGCUAAACAGGACCGACAAGCAUAUAACUGAAGAAGUGUUCAGUAAUGGUUCGACGUGUGGCAGUAGUUGGAGCAGGCUGUUCUGGUUUGGCCUGUAUCAAGGUCUGUGUGGAUGAGGGGCUCGAGCCUGUCUGCUUUGAAAGCAGUGACGACAUUGGCAGCAUGUGGAAUUUUAGAGAGACACCUGAGCCAGAUCGAACCAGCAUCUACCGGUCCUUGGUGGUCAAUACCUCCAAAGAAAUGAUGUGCUUCAGUGAUUUUCCAAUGCCGUCUGACUAUCCCAACUUCAUGCAUAACUCACAGCUUCUGCAGUACUUCAGGCUCUAUGCUGAACACUUUGACCUGCUUAGAUACAUUAACUUUCAGACCACAGUGAGGAGUGUUUUGCAAAGGCCGGAUUUCUCUCUAUCCGGCCAAUGGGAAGUAGUGACCAUAAACAAGAACGGACAGGAAGAGAGGCACAUCUUUGAUGCCAUUCUGGUGUGCUCAGGUCACUACACCCAUCCAACAUUACCAUUGUCUGACUUUCAAGGGCAUGAAACCUUUUCUGGCAGGUGUCUUCACAGCUGGGAAUAUAAAGAUGCAAAUGCCUUCACAGGAAAAAGGGUGGUGGUGGUUGGCACUGGCAAUUCUGGAGGUGAUAUUGCUGUGGAGAUUAGCAGAUCGGCCGAGAAGACCUUUCUCAGUACACGUCAAGGGGCCUGGGUGCUGGGCAGAAUGUCCACCAAUGGCGUUCCUCUCGACAUUGCAGUAAUCAAACGGAUCAACAAUGUCCUCUUCCAAUUGCUCCCCAAGACUUUGGUCAACUGGGCAGCAGAGAGAGCACUGAACAAUAAAUAUGACCACAUAUUGUAUGGUCUAAAACCCAAACACAGACUUAUGGAGAGAAACCUUAUGAUCAAUGACGAUCUCCCAGGCCGAAUCCUUCAGGGGGCAAUAGUCAUGAAGCACAAUCUGGAAGGGUUCAAGGACUCUAGAGUUGUAUUUGAAGAUGGCACGGUGGAGGAGAACAUUGACGCCGUGGUAUUUUGCACAGGUUACAUUGCAAAGUUCCCAUUCCUACCAUCAACUCUGUCAGAGGGACCAUAUGAAGAGGUGACACUGUACAAGAGAGCGUUUCCUCCAUCCCUGCAACCUCCCACACUGGCCGUCAUGGGACUUUUCCAAGUAAAAGGUCCACUCAUGCCUACAGUGGAAAUGCAGGCUUGCUGGGCUGUUAAGGUCUUUUUAGGUCAGAGUCGUCUUCCAACCAAAGAGAAAAUGCUGGAUGUCCUUGAAUCUGAGAGGAGGAGAAACAUGCAAAGCUAUCCCUGUCCACGGCAGGCUGUUCUACAGGUUGAUUACAUCCCAUAUCUGGAUUUUAUGGCUGGGGAAGUAGGUGUUCGACCAAAACUCCUGAGGCUUUUUCUGAGAGACCCUGUGCUCUGGGCAAAGGUCUUCUUUGGUCCCUGCACACCUUAUCAAUAUCGUCUUAGUGGGCCUGGAAAUUGGUCUGGUGCCAGACAAGCUAUCUUCACUCAGUGGGAGCGGGUUUCUCAACCGUUCAGAACCAGAGAAAUACCAGACAACACCAGUAAAUUUGGCUUGUGUUCUCCGCUGAUGCUCACAUUCACAGGAACUGUAAUAAUUGUCGUGCUUUUUUCUAAAGGCAAGAUCAUUACGACCCUGGAAGCUGCUACUGAGAUGCUGAACAAAAGCACAGUUUUUCUGAGGGAGUUGUGGUUCAGCUUACCACAGAAUCCUGAUAUGUAAUGUAUUAAUAGACUUAAUUAACAUAACAACAAUUUUAACAACAAAAUUAUUUA